CACACGUACGCACGCGGUUGUGGCCGAACCUCUUCUCCCGUUCCAAAUCCCCCAUUCCCUCAUCACCAUCUCCACCGAGCCUCCUCCUCACCUUUCCCAUCCACAUCCGGAGUCGGCAACGGCAGCGCGCGCCUCCUGCGUCGAUUUCCCAACUCCCACCCACGCCUCGAGCCGCUGCCCACCUCCUCUCUCUGGAUCCUAGGCGACACAGGAGGGAAGGGUAGAGGAGCAGUUCAACUCCAACUCGGCAUGGCAGUGAGUGCGACGUCGGGGGUGUUGAAUCCGCUCCUCGGCAAACUCUCCAGGCUGCUCGGCGAAGAGUACAAGAAGCUCACAGGUGUGAGGAAGCAGGCAUCUUUCCUCAAGGAUGAGCUCAGCGCCAUGAAAGCUCUCCUUGACAAGAUGGAGCUCAUGGACAAGCUUGAUCCAUCGGCCAAGGACUGGAGGGACCACAUCAGGGAGAUGUCCUAUGAUAUGGAGAACUGCAUCGACGACUUCAUUCAUGACAUCGAAGGUGCCCGUGCAAAGAAAGGCUUCGUCAGAAAGAUGGCUCAGCGCCUCAGGAGGCUUGGGAGGCGCCAUCAGAUCGCCAACCGCAUCGAGGAGCUCAAGGUUCUUGCUGUGGAGGCCAAUGCUCGGUGCAAGAGGUACAAUAUUGAUGCUUGCAUCAAUUUGAGUCCUGGCCCUGUGGUUAUGGAUCCCCGGAUCCCAGCGCUCUACAAGGAGGCAGCAGGCCUUGUUGGUAUUGACGGCCCGAGAGAAGAGCUUGUCACUUUGCUGAUGGAUUCCCAGAAGAAACUCAAAGUGGUUUCCAUCGUCGGGUUUGGAGGUUUGGGUAAAACCACGCUUGCCAAACAAGUGUAUGAUGAAAUUGGAGGGCAGUUUGAUCGCAAGGCAUUUUCCUCGGUCUCCCAAAGGCCAGAUGUGAAAAGCCUUCUUAUUGGCCUACAAUUAAAGCUUGAGACGGGGAAUUCUUCUCAUGCUUACGAGCUGCAAGAUAUUAUUGACAGCCUUAGAGAAGGCCUCAAAGAUAAAAGGUACUUAAUUAUAGUUGAUGACCUGUGGGAUCAGUCAAC